GAAUAAGUUCGUACGUCAAAAAUGGCAUACAUGUCAGAUGUACUCCAGACAUGUCCACAAAUGAAAAUAUCACCAGCAAUAGGAUCGCUCGUCCUUCGGAAAAACUCACCCUAUUCAGCAUCUGCUGCCCGUGCCUCAGGCCCAAAAAACUAACAUGCAGGGCCAGCGAUAUAGCUCUGGUCAUGUACGACAAAGAUGAACCACACGAAUAUGUUCUGGAGAAGCUGGUGAUAAAACGGGUACCGUUGAGAUUCUUCGGCGUCGAGGAAGAUUUUGUGGAAUACGAGAGGAGCCUGAAAGAGGAUUCAAAGACGACUUGCGAGAAGGAAAUUGCGGUUACAGAUUUCGAUGAAAUCAAAUCUGUGGAGGUCGAAGCAGUCAGAGAUGAAAAGCCUGUGGAAGUUCAUGAGGAAAUCAAGAAGCAACCCUCCCAGGAGAUGGAGAUGGAAGCAGUACAGGCCGUUACAAGUGGCAACUCGUUGAAAGUCAAUUGCAACACACCAGUGGAGGAAUUCCUCCAGUCGAAGCUAAGUUUCGCUUGCGAGCCAUUAACAGAUCCAAAAUCUGGGGAAGAACUAAUUCUGCGCACCAUAACAGCUAACGAAGAACAAGAUUUGGUGACAGAGGUCGAUCAGAGGAUUGCCAAGAUGUCACCAGAUUUGGAACAUACUAUUAACGUACUGAAGGGUGUUAAGCCAAGGCCGGUCAGUACUCAGGGUACACCUAUGCCUAUUAAGAAUCAAAGGAGACUGGUCCCCAGGAACGUUGAGCAUGAAGGCAUCAUUACUAAAGGAGCUUACAACUAUAUGCCUUGCCCCAAGGACCACCCACUGCUAGGGAUUCACUACACAUUGAACAAAACCACCUUCGCACCUCCCGUCGAAGAAACAUCGAAGAGCAUCAUAACCGAUCUUCACAUAGCAAACACCACAGAUCAAGAUUCCAAAGUGGCAACUUCCAUCAUGAUCGACGAGGCCACGACAAACUACGAGGAUGCGACAGUCCUAGCGGGUGACGAUGUCAGCACCAUCCGGCCAUCCAUGUUCAAUAUGCCCUCCAUCAGGAACCUCUCCGACGAGGAGGACUACAUAAGAAGCGAUUACUCCAGUGACUCGACAAACUUCCAAGGCACCUUCGGUUCCAAACGUUUCGGGAGCUUCUUCAACAAGCCACACGAGCAGAAGACCGACUUUGGAACCACAGAUUUUUCCGUUUAUCAUGCGGAGGUGGCACACAGGUUUGGAAGGAGAGUGCCGCCAUCGAGAUCUUCGAAGAAGCGUAAUUUGAAAUGGAAGAUCGUCAUCAAUAAUCACCCGAAGGAUAUAAUGGCACCUACCACUAGUACCUCGGAGUUUCAAUUAUCAAACAGUAGGAAAAGCCCUUGUAAGGGUUAUUUUUCGAAAAGUGGUUUAUCUUUUUAAUCUUCAAUAUAUACAGUGUGAAUAUAGAUUUUGAAUUAUAUUAUUACUUCCUA